GCGGGGCCGGGCCCUGUGCGCCGGCGAUGGCGCCGGGCGGCGCUCGGAGCUGCGCGGGAGGUUCCGGGCGGAGCGGGAGCUUCCGGGAGCGGCCGGGCUGGGGAGGAGGAGGAAGAGGAGGAUGAAGAAGGAGCAGGUGGCGCACUGCCAGUUCUCCGUGUGGUACCCGCUCUUCAAGGCAGUCACCAUCCGCAGUGUUAUUCUUCCCCUGCCAGAGAAUGUGAAAGAAUAUUUGCUGGAUGAUGGAACACUGGUGGUUUCUGGAAGAGAAGAUCCGCCAAGUCAUGCUCAGGAAGGGAAUGAUGAUGCAGAGGAGAUACAGUGGUCAGAUGAUGAGAACACUACAACACUUAAGGCACCAGAAUUUCCCGAGUUCACAGCUAAAGUUCAGGAAGCAAUAAGUUCCUUGGGUGGCAGUGUUUUUCCUAAACUAAACUGGAGUGCUCCAAGGGAUGCCUACUGGAUAGCAAUGAACAGCUCUCUGAAAUGUAAAGCUCUCAGUGACAUCUUCCUCCUCUUCAAGAGUUCAGACUUCAUCACUCGUGACCUCACUCAGCCAUUUAUUCACUGUACUGAUGAUUCCCCUGAUCCUUCCUUGAACUAUGAGCUUGUUCUUCGCAAAUGGUGUGAAUUAAUCCCUGGUGCAGAAUUCAGAUGCUUUGUCAAGGAAAACAAGCUUUUAGGUAUAUCACAGAGAGACUACACCCAGUACUACGAUCAUAUCUCUAAGCAACAUGAGGAGAUCUGUAGGUCCAUACAGGAGUUUUUCAAGAAACACAUACAAUAUAAAUUCUUGGAUGAAGACUUUGUUUUUGAUGUGUACAGAGACAGCAGGGGUAAGAUUUGGUUAAUAGAUUUUAACCCAUUUGGUGAAGUAACAGACUCCCUGCUCUUUACAUGGGAAGAACUCACCUCUGGAAAAAACUUGAAGGGAGACCAGAGUGAAGGGGAAGCAACAGAACAGGAUUAUCCAGUGUUCCGUUGUACCAACAGCAAAGUCACUGUGCAGCCCAGUCCCUACCUGAGCUACCGACUGCCCAAGGACUUUGUGGACCUUUCCACAGGAGAGGACGUUCACAAAUUGAUUGACUUUCUAAAACUGAAAAGAAAUCAGCAAGAGGAUGACUGAGGUACCCAGAGGCAUUACAUUGAAUUACAAGCAAGAAAUGUGGCAAAAUCUGUAUUUAGCAUAACUAUUAAACUAUUGAUUUAAAGAAAACCUGCUUUUUAUAGUCAAUGAAAGAACUGAAGGGCUGUUCGUCCCCAGUGUCUGUUGGUUUAUACAAAAGUGUAGGGAAGCUUUUUCAGGGAAACAUGAAAGGUCAGGGUGAGUUCUCACUGGAUUCCAGGUGCAAAGAAGCAACAGCCUGAGUGCAGCUGAACAAGUGCUUUCCAUUUCUCAUAAUGUGAAGAUUGAUGCCACUGAGCUACACCUUUGGACUCCCCAGUGUAAAUAUGGCAACAUGAAAUGCUUGUGCAGUAAAAACAUGGAGCAUUCUCUGCAUUUAGGCACACUCUUGCUUAAUAUGUAGUCACAAAGUAAAAGGAAUGUACAUUUUUAUCUGUAGUAACCUUUUAAAAUUGUAAAUUGAUUUUGUUUUGGGAGCACUUCUCGUCCUUUGUGAAAAAAAAAAUGGAGAAGGGAUUUUUUCGUUGUUACAAGGACUAAUAUUUCAGAGAACAGCUAUAGCUGUAGCAAACUACUUAAAGUUUGAAAAUUUUACGUACUGGGAAUUUGAAAUUCUGAAUGCAUUUAAAGUAAAGUAAUAUUUUCACAGUCACUAAAGCGAAAUUAAAUUAUUUAACUUCGCCAAAUUUAAUUUCAUUUUCAUAGUAAUGCUUUCUUGAAACCUGUUUUUUUAACAUGAUUACACACUAGACAUCAUCUGUGACUUUAAUCUACAUAAUUAACAUCAACCUAUAAUUUUAUAUACAGACUCAGUCUUGUGUCUUUUUUGUCACAUCUCUGAGUUUCUUAUGAAAGUAAUUAUUCUUUCAGCUCUUAAAAUUCUGUAUUCAUUUGGUACUUCUUUUUUUGUAUAAAGGGAAGCUUGGCUAAAUCUGGGGAAACAGAAGCUCUUGUUACCAAUUGCUGUUGUUUGGGAGGUGGGGGAGAACAGUUUUAGGUGAAUCACCAGCUGACUUUUGGAUAUAGGUGUUUGUAUGGCAUCAGUAAUCUAUUAACAGUGUGCAGAGUUCCCAUUGAACUAAAGGACAUUUGAAGAAGCUCAUAACCCCUGGAAACUGGUUCCUAUUUCAAACCAGUUAUGUGAUACUGUGUGUGUGUAGAGCUGUUUGUGUUUCUUUGCCUUGCUUUUGCUGUCAGAUUGGAAUGGUGCUUGGUUACAAUCUGUUCUUGGAUGUUAAAUCUGAGCUAAAUUGUUAAAUUAUUACCUAAUGUCUUUAUUUAGCUUCUGUUUUGAAUGAAAACUUACUCGAGUUAAAGAUUAUGCAGAUUAAGAAUCCACACAUUGAUGAAACAUCACAGAAGAAAGCUCCUGGAGUCAGAACAGUCUGCCCUGAAUUGAAGCAUUGUUUGAAGCAUUGGAACCUGCUUCUCAAUAGCUUUUUGUAUUCAAAUUAGGUGAUCAUUAACUCAGGGCUGGGCUAUACCUAAUCCUCCCAUACUGCAGGAUUUUGGAUGAGUGUUUCUCGCCCUCCCCAGAGGGAUAAUUUCAAUGUAAAUGUCUCUAAAGCGGGUAGGAACCUCAAAGUGUAAAAAAUUAACAAAGCUUUUCUCUUUGUUUUAAAGUUUCUAGCCAUAACUUAAACUGUUGGGGUGAUCUAACCACACUUCCUUCCUUUACACAGAUGAUGCCCUGGAACUUCCAAUAGAUCCAUAAAUGCUUCUAAACCAGAGAUCAUUGUCUUUAAAAACAAACUCUUAGUUUAAAGCUGGAAGAUAUUUUCCCACAAAUUAAUUUGCCACUUUCUCAGCUGUCUUUGCUGAAUGUUCACCAGAACAUAUUUGGUGAUGGGAGCAGUUUGCUGGGAGCCUGUGCACUCUGUGGUGUCUCUUUAGGUGGGUGGGCUGGAGUUUUUCUCCUCUGUGAGAUCCUGACAGAUGCCCACUCUGAAUUCAUGGGCUGCUCAGCCAAGCUGAACUGCAGUUUAGAGUUGCAGGAAUUUGUCCUGCUUCCUUUGGGCUAACUCCUAGUGAGGAACCUUAAAAGGUAGCAGAGCAAAAAUACUGGUCCCAUGUUCAGAACUGGUGCAGAAACAAUCCCCAAUAUAAAAAUAUGAUGUGUAGGAUCAGGUCCCCCAAAAUACCAUAUCCUUACAGUUUAAAUACAUACUUUAGAUGCACUUUGUUUUUAUCCCCAACUUCAGUUAACCAGACAAUGAAUUUUAUUUGGCUGUUAAAUUAAAGAUUCCUCUUCUAAAAGAA